UAAAAACAUUAUUUACCGACCGGUUAAAAGACAGGUUAAAGGAGAGGGAGCUUCAAUGUAAAUUACAGUUCUUCAGGAACGGUUUAAUUUCACAUUUCUUCUUGUCUUUAGUCGACUUUCAACUGGCAAAGAAAGCUCUAUCAUCUGUACGUAAAAUAUUGUUCUAUUGCAAAAUUGCAAUUAUUACAAUUGUCAAGAUUAUCCUGUUGUGUGAACUUAACCUCAGUUUGGGUAAAAUAAUGGAACAUCAGUGUAACCAUUGUAAUGGACAUCAUACAGCGGAAUUAGGAGCCAGUUAUAGUUUAUUUGAAAAGAUAGAUAAAGACAGAGUGGAAUGUUUAAACGAGCUUGAGGAAGGCAGUGGUAUCAAAGUCUUCAAAACAUGGGAAGACAGACUAGAUAGGUCACAGUAUGUUGAAAGUGAUGUCGACGAUGAGCUUUUGUUCAAUAUACCUUUUACAGGAGAUGUAAAGUUAAAGGGUCUUAUUGUGAUUGCUGAUGAAGAGAGCUUUCCUAAAACAGUGAAGCUAUAUAAAAACCGGCCGCAUAUGCUAUUUGAGCAUGUAGGUGCUGUCCCAGAGCAGGAAUUUGAGUUAACUACAGAUUCGUGCGGAAUACAUGAAUAUCCCAUAAGAACAGUCAAGUUUUCAUCAAUGCAGCAUUUAAGCCUUUACUUCACUGGCAACGGAAACAGCGACGAGAUUAAGAUUUAUUACAUCGGUCUCAAAGGAGAAUGGACUCCAGCACACAAACAUGGUGUAACUAUUUGUACAUAUGAAGCACGUCCCCUAAUCAGUGAUCAUCCAACAGAUUUCAAUGACGUCAGUCGGAUAAUUAAAUGAUAUCGUGAACAUGUUUGUGAGAUUCUGGUUUUUUCAAAUGCAGGAAACGGAUAUUAAAGAAUGUAAAAUAAUGUAUGAUAUUCUACUAUGGAAGUUCGAUAUAAUAAAGUGCUUUUGAAUAAGAAUCCUUUAAUAA